GGGGCCAGCGCGCAGGCGCGACGGCGCAGGCGCGGGCCCGACAGAGCCCGCGGCGCGAGGCGCUGAGGAGAGCCCCGGGCGCGAGCUGGGUGGCCGCCGCUGCAGAGCGGAGCAAGCGGAGUCCGGCGGGAGGGUACCAUAUGUGUAUGGCCGGUGGGACCCACACUUGGAAAUGCUGACAACAGGCUUCAAAGACAGCUGAGCCCCACGAGAGACCAAGAAGGCCCAUGGCUCUGGCUGCGUCUCUCAACAUGAGCAGCCCACAGCUGACUGCCCAUUCCCCCUCCACCGCCAGGCCUGCCCCAGGAGGAGGAAUUUCCGAGGUGGAGAUCAUCUCCCAACAAGUGGACGAGGAAACCAAGAGCAUUGCUCCCGGGCAGCUGGUGAACUUUGCCUAUCGGGACUUGCCCCUGGCUGCAGUCGACCUCUCCUCCGCGGGCUCGCAGCUGCUGUCAAAUCUGGACGAAGACUACCAGAGAGAAGGGUCCACCUGGCUGAAGCCGUGCUGUGGGAAGAGAGCAGCCGUGUGGCAGGUAUUUUUGCUCAGUGCCAGUCUCAACAGUUUCCUGGUAGCCUGUGUAAUAUUGGUGGUGAUCCUCCUGACUCUGGAACUUCUAAUAGAUAUAAAGCUUCUCCAGUUUUCCAGUGCUUUCCAGUUUGCCGGUGUGAUUCACUGGAUCAGUCUGGUCAUCCUCUCCGUGUUCUUCUCAGAGACCGUUCUCCGGAUUGUGGUGCUUGGGAUCUGGGAUUACAUCGAGAACAAAAUAGAGGUGUUUGACGGGGCCGUGAUCAUCCUGUCCUUGGCCCCGAUGGUGGCCUCCACUGUGGCCAAUGGGCCCCGGAGUCCCUGGGACGCCAUCAGCCUCAUCAUUCUGCUCCGCAUCUGGCGGGUGAAGAGAGUCAUUGAUGCAUAUGUCCUGCCUGUGAAGGUGGAGAUGGAGAUGGUCAUCCAGCAGUACGAGAAGGCCAAGGUCAUCCAGGAUGAGCAGCUGGAGAGGCUGACGCAGAUCUGCCAGGAGCAAGGGUUUGAGAUCCGGCAGCUGCGGGCACACCUGGCACAGCAGGACCUGGACCUGGCAGCGGAGCGGGAGGAGGCGCUGAGGGCCCCACAGGUGCUCCGCCGGCCACGCAGCCGCUACCAUGUGAUGGAGGAGGCGGCAAAUGAGGGCUUCGUGGAGGAGCUGCAGCCUUCCCCAGACAGCGGAGUCCCAGAGCCAGCCAUGUGCCUGGUCACCACGGCUGCCGUAGACAUCCACCAGCCCAAUGUCUCCUCUGACCUCUUCUCGGUGGACGUGCCCCUGAAGCUCAGCGGUAAGGGCACCUGCGUGAGCUGCACCUCCGAGAGUGCGUCCUGCUCCACUGACAGCUCGGUCCCUGAGGCCCAGAGCGACAGCAGCACCCUGUGCUCUUCUAGGGAUGGCAGCACCACCCAUGACUUGUCUUCCGAGCCCAGUCCCUUUCCCCUGCCACUGCCACCACCGCCCCCACCCCAGCAGCAAGUGACGGAGACCACAGUCCAGGAUCUGCUGUCCUCCCUGUCAGAGGACCCCUGCCCGUCCCAGAGGGCCUUGGACCCAGCCCCCUCAGCCCAGCCCAGCCCAGCCAGCUCUGCCCAAACCAGCCCGGAGCUGGAGCACAGGGUGAGUCUGUUCAACCAGAAGAACCAGGAGGGCUUUCCCGUCUUUCAGAUCCAGCCUGUCAUCCACUUCCAGCCAGCCACGCCCACGCUGCACAAAUUCAGAUCUUUGGAAUCCAAAGAGCAAACACUGCACAGGGUCCCUGAAGCCUAGGGCCUCCACGUGGUGGGAGAAGGGCACACAGCUGGGGCCCCAUGUAGGUAGGACCCAGGAGCCCACCUGGCCUCUCAGGGUGCUGCCCGCCUCCAGGGAGGUGAUACCAGGAAAGGAGGACACAUGCCUCAGACCUCAAAGCCCAGAGCUGGUGCCUCCUCUGGCCCUGACCAGGGGAAGGCGGUGCUCACGGCUGGGUUUUUUAACCAUUUUUACAAAACCAGCCUGAGGCCCAGCUUCAGCAGGGUGGAGUCCAGGCCCAGCUCAGCCUCUGCCGUUGCCUUCAUUCCUGACGCCCACCCUGGACCCUCGGGAAUAGCACUGUGAGCAGGGGCUGCCAAGCCCCACCCCCCCCAAGCCCUCCCGUCCAGGAAUCCUGGGUGGAGCCCACACAAUCUCACGAAGACCACCAUCUGAGCCUAUUUUGUUCCUUCUCAUUCUCUCAUUUCCGCAUGAGCCUUUCUGGGUCUUUUCAAGACAAACCUAGUUUUCACUUUCACAGGACAUAAAGGGAUGAAUUUGCAGGUGGAUGGGAGUGUCCUGGGGGCAGGGGACAGCCAUUUUGCAAACUCAGCUUUAAUAAUAAAAACCAGCUGCACUGAGA